GUUCAACUUUAAUUCCCAAAAAAAGCAUCUUCUUAGUUCACACACUCGCACACUCACACACUCACUCUUUGGAAUUGGAAUCACACAAAUCUCAGAACAAACACAACGAAGCAGUGAUAGUGAUAACGGUGGUUUUAUCGUUUUCUAUUUACACCUCCACUUGCAUUUCAUUUCUCUCUCAUUCUUGCAUCUCAGAUCGAACAAAUCAACGUAACUUCUUGGUUUGAUGUUGCAGGCAGCAUCUACGUUCAUCUGCACUGCUGAUGUAUAUACCAACCAGAUAACUACAUGGUGGAGAGACAUUUCAGAUACUUUUGCCUCAGAUGAAUUUUACUAGUUCGACUAUACACUGUUGCUAUGGACAUUUGUCUUAUCAAAGGCCAAUGGCUGUGGCUUCUGUAUGUUUUGUUGAUACAUAUUGUAAUUAAUAACAUAGAAGCGAUCACUCCUGAUGGUGAGGCACUUAUCAACUUCAGGACAACAAUUGGUAGCUCUGAUGGUAUCCUGUUACAAUGGAGGCCUGAGGAUCCUGACCCAUGUAAAUGGAAAGGAGUGAAAUGUGAUCCAAAAACCAAGAGAGUGACACAUCUGAUUCUAUCACACCAUAAGUUAAUUGGGCCUUUAUCACCUGACCUGGGGAAGUUAGACCGUCUGAAAGUUCUUGCUCUUCAUAACAACAACCUCUAUGACAAAAUUCCACCAGAAUUGGGAAAUUGCACCGAAUUGCAGUCAAUUUUUUUACAGGGUAAUUACCUUAGUGGAAUGAUUCCAAGUGAAAUAGGAAAUCUCUCACAGCUUCAAAAUUUGGAUAUAUCAAGCAAUUCCCUUGGUGGGAAUAUUCCAGCGUCAAUUGGAAAGUUGUAUAAUCUAAAAAACUUCAAUGUAUCAACCAAUUUUCUGGUUGGACCAAUACCUUCUGACGGUGUCCUUGCCCACUUUACUGGAAGCUCGUUUGUUGGAAACCGUGGUUUGUGUGGCGUGCAAAUCGAUUCAACAUGUAAAGAUGAUGGUUCGCCUGGGAAUAGUUCUUCAGACCAAACUCAAAAUGGAAAGAAGAAAUAUUCUGGCCGACUUCUCAUCAGUGCAUCAGCAACUGUGGGCGCACUACUUUUGGUGGCACUUAUGUGCUUCUGGGGCUGUUUUCUUUAUAAAAAGUUUGGUAAAAAUGAUAGAAUAAGUCUUGCAGUGGAUGUUGGUCCAGGUGCCUCGAUAGUGAUGUUUCAUGGAGACCUACCAUAUUCUUCGAAAGACAUUAUUAAGAAACUAGAGACUUUGAAUGAGGAACACAUAAUAGGAGUAGGGGGAUUUGGAACUGUUUACAAGCUUGCAAUGGAUGAUGGGAAUGUAUUUGCGUUGAAAAAGAUCGUAAAGUUGAAUGAGGGAUUUGAUCGUUUUUUUGAGAGGGAGCUUGCAAUUCUUGGAAGCAUCAAACACCGUUAUUUAGUUAACUUGCGUGGAUAUUGUAAUUCACCUACAUCAAAGUUGUUAAUAUAUGACUACCUACCUGGCGGUAGUCUUGAUGAAGUUCUUCAUGCUAGUACAGUAUCUCUGCUUAAAUCUUGUUUGGGGAAUAAUGAUGUUUGUGCUGCACUGCACUGCACAGAAAAAUCUGAGCAACUAGACUGGGAUUCACGGUUGAAUAUAAUCAUGGGAGCUGCAAAAGGGCUUGCUUACUUGCACCACGAUUGUUCCCCUAGGAUCAUACACCGUGACAUUAAAUCGAGCAACAUUUUGCUUGAUGGAAAAUUGGAUGCUAGAGUUUCUGAUUUUGGACUUGCCAAACUUCUGGAGGAUGAAGAAUCUCACAUCACCACUAUUGUUGCCGGAACAUUUGGUUAUCUAGCUCCAGAGUAUAUGCAAAGUGGAAGAGCAACUGAGAAGACCGAUGUUUAUAGUUUUGGGGUGUUGACACUUGAAGUGCUUAGUGGAAAGCGGCCAACAGAUGCAUCCUUCAUUGAAAAGGGUCUAAAUGUUGUUGGUUGGUUGAAUUUCCUUAUUACUGAAAAUAGGCCAAGGGAAAUUGUCGAUCCACUAUGCGACGGGGUGCAGGUGGAGAGCCUUGAUGCCUUGCUCUCGAUGGCUAUUCAGUGUGUUUCCUCAAAUCCAGAGGAUCGACCCACUAUGCACCGAGUGGUCCAGUUGCUUGAAUCGGAGGUAGUAACUCCAUGCCCAAGUGACUUCUAUGAUUCGAACUCUGACUAGAAAGCUUGCGAAGACAAUUCAAUGGUAUGUUGUGUUUGCAUCCUUGUCGCCGCAAAUUACUUGAGUCAGAAGUGAUGAAACAGGUUAACAAUCUGCGUACAACUUUUCAUCUGAAUUGCAUUCAUUCUAAAAGUUUAUGAUGGAAGAUGUCCUUCAUUAGACCACUUCACAACAGAAGGUGUUGUUAUUCCACGGAUAUCAUCAUUCGACAUUUCAGGCAUUUCUUUGUCUUCCUGAUUGUGUUGCAUGUUAUAUUUGGUCGUGGUUCCCCCUUCCACUUGUGCUUCCACUCCUUUUGUUAGCAUUUUGUAAUCUUAGUCACAUUGUUCACUCCAAUUUAAGUGUAUAUGAUAUGUAUAAUUUCAGAAAGUCCACAUUUGCAAGUGAUUCUUAUUUAUUUUGUAAUAUAUGUUUCCAUAAAAGAAUCCAUCUAAAUUCUAUCAAAAAAAAAAAAAAGAAAGAAAGAAAGAAAAAGAAUCCAUCUAAUGAUGGUGGUUCUCUGUUCUCA